UCUCAGCUAUGAGACUUAAAGAACUACAUUUCCCAGAGUGCAUCAGCAGCAGUAAAUCAGCUGCUUGUCAUGUGAUUAGUCAUUGUCACUGAUUUGGAGCACCUGUUAAAACAUGGAGUUCCUCAGUCAUUCAGAGAAACAAACUUCAGAGAGAAGACACUCCAAAUUCACUCGUAGGUUCAGUCCAAAGACGCCAAUGGUUUACAACCUAAUUCACUGCUAAUUCACUGCUAAUUCACUGCCUAAUUCACUGGACAAAUAAUCAACUGACAAAGCCAAAAGAAAAAUAAAAGUGAUUAAGUGGAAAUUUGAGUUGUCCUUGUGUCCUUUGGAAAUUGAACAAGAGAGGAUUUGACAGUUGUAAACCACGCGAAGCAGCCUGGCCUGAGGAUAAACGGCUUCAGAUCCAGCAAUAAGCUGUUGACGUAGAGGAAAUCAAGAUGGCAGAAGAUGUCCUGGGGAUGACGGUCCAGCAGCUCAAAAAGGAGAGGACCACUGCAAAAAGCAGCUUCACCAGACAAGCCAACUUCAUUUCAAGAGAAGCAAGCAAAAUGCUUCAAGUGGAGUUAAAGGAGGAAUACACUAAGCUUUCAGAUUGUUUCAGGAAGAUGCUUGAUGCCAAUGAUGACUACAGAAUUGGACUGGAGGCAGACAUUAAGACUGAAAAUAAGGAAGCAAGUCUUAAUGAACAGCAAGAAGCCGACAUUGAUAGAUCUGUAAAGGAAGGUGAAACAAAGUUGGCGGAAAUAAGAACCAUUGUUCAAACAAACCUGUGGUCAAGGUAUGGAGAGAGUGAACUUCUGGUGGCAAUCUCGGAAGCAGAGAAAUGCAAUGAUGAAGCGGCUGAUGUGGCUGUGGAAAGUGCCAAUUUGGAGGGCUAUGAAGUGCACCUCAGUCUCUUGGACAAGAGAAUAAAAGAGGCAAUCUCAGCAAUGUCAACAUGGGAGAGAUGGAUCCCUAAAGAGUUAAAGGAUGAAUUAGAUGGAAGAGUCAAGGACAUAAGAGCAUCCUACUACAGGCUUGAGGUAAGGAGAGCUGAAUUUGUCACUGCACGGACGAUCAAUGAGCAAAGCACAGGACCAGUACAAUCCCAACUGGCAACAUCCACUCCAUUAGUAAGAAUAAAGCCAACCUCUCUACCUAUUUUCAAUGGAAGCAAGAGAGAAUAUCACAGAUGGAGGAAAGACUGGGAGAGCCUGCAAAAGCAGGGAGAGCCAUCUGGAUCAACUGAAGUUAAGAAAAUUCAACUCUUGGAAAGUGUGGAUGACAGAAUCUCAAGGGACCUCAGACUUUCAACCUACACCACUGCCAAAGACAUGUUCAGAGUCUUGGAGAACAGAUAUGGCAACAAGUCAACCAUCACAGUGGAAAUCCUUGAAGAGCUAGAGAAGAUGCCACAUGUGAAAGGGAACCAGCCAAGAAAGGUCAUUGACCUCAUACAGUCAGUGGAGAAGGCCCUAGCAGAUCUUACAGAGUUAGGAAACUCUGGAGCCAUAAAUAACCCACUGGUAAUAAAAACCAUUGAAAGCAAGUUGCCUGACUUUAUUAAACGAGACUGGGUGAUGUUCAUGGUUGAACCCAGGAACAAUGUCACAUCAGACAACCACUUUGCCAUGCUUUUGAAGUUCUUGAAAAGUCAAGAAGAAAUACUGGAGAGACUAGAACAGCUCAGAACUGUGGAGAAGGUGGAGAAAUCAGAUCGUUCAGACAAAAAGUAUGACCGAAAAAUCGCCUCAACAAAAACCACAAAGAAAGAAGAGUUUGAUGAAGGAUGUGGUGUCUGUGGUGAGAGAGGGCACAACAACAAAAUCUUCUUCUGUAAAAAGUUCAAAAGACUUAAACUACCUGAGAAGAAAGCUGUAUUAAGAAAGCUGGGAGCAUGCAGAAAAUGUCUUGGAUGCCAUGAUGAAGAUGGAUACUGCAGAGACACAUUCCUAUGCAGAAAUAAGGACUGUAAAAGGGAAGGUGGUGCCCCAGACCACCAUUUUUUCCUCUGCCCAAAGGGAGAAUUCAAAAGAGGGGAAGAGAGAAGGAUUGGAAAAGACGUCAAAGGUGAAGGCAAACUAACCGAGGAACAAGAGGAGAUCUUGUCUGAACUUUCUCCAGAAAUGGCAGAUCGAUGCAGAAAGGCUUUCACCAACACCAACAAAACUGCAGUGACACUUGAUGCUUCAGGCCAGUCUGAGCUACUGCAGAGAAAUGGGCUCUCUGAACUUCCAGUUAUAAUGAUGUUGAUGCAAAUACAAACUACAUCACCCAUAAGGCUGCUGAAAGACUAA